AUGGUUGCGGCCGGGCAUCCGCUGGCGGCGCAGGCCGGGAUGGCCGUGCUGCAACGGGGCGGCAACGCCGUCGAUGCCGCCAUCGCCACCGCUGCCGCGCUGAACGUGGUGGAGCCCAACAUGUCUGGUGUUGGCGGCGAUGGGUUCAUCAUGAUUUACAAUCGGCAGGCGGGCAACAUAGAGGUAUGCAACGGGACCGGGGCCGCACCGUAUGCCACCGAUGUCGACUGGUUCCGCGAGAACGGGAUACCGACCAAGGGGAUCCUGUCGGUGUCGGUGCCGGGGCUGGUAGAUGCGUGGAUGACGGCCCAUGCCAAGUAUGGAACGCUGUCGCGGGGCGAGGUGUUCGACGCGGCCAUCGACCUGUCGGGAACGGCUUCCCAGUGA